UGUAAUGGUGAUACCUUUGCUAGUUGUAUAGGAUGGUCAAAGACGAGUGCGACGUGCGGUGUCACUAUUUCACAAACACACACAGCAGACAAUGUCUCGAAUGCGCAUGCGCACCUCUCCUCUAUAUACCGUGACGGUGACGCUAUCUACACGUGGAUGGAAAUAUAUCGAGGAACUAAACAUACCAAAGUGUUAGGGAAACACCGCUGGUUAGUUGUACGAGUUUAGGUGCGUUUUUUAGUCGGUGUUUUGGUGUGAAUACGAGUCGAACGUAUGCGCGAAUCGCGUCCGCCAUAUCGUGUGUUUUCAUAUUUAUUAUUAUUUUAUUUUGUUGAUUUGUGUGGUUCGUGUUCGCGUAAUAAUAAUUAAUAAUAAUAAUCGCUAGAUAAUCAUAUCGUUAAACAUUUUCGCGUGUUUUUCAACCCCUCGCCGAUGAUUUUGUGGGUUUUCAAAUGUCUUGGUUCGUAUAAAAUACGCGGUGUGUUUGUGUAAUAGAUUUGUUUGUUUUUUUUGGUGUUUUUUUUGGAUGAAACGUCGUUGAAUUCAUUCAGCACUUCUUGGCGACAUUUACCUGGUCACCAGGAUUUCUUUGCUGAUUGUUUUUCCAGGCCAAAUACCAAGACCACGAUUCAGAAUGAAAAUUGAGGAUUUUCAUCUGCUGAAGAUCAUCACGUGCUGGCUGGCGAUAUUCGUGCUACCUAUCACGAGUAUUUGCCAGUUCCCUCCACAGUGGUCAGGAAAUUGGUUCCAGUCCGGAUUACAGCACGACGUCCAAAUAAACACGACGAGCAUACAAUCGAAAGGAGUCUGCAUCGAAACCAUCGAAGACCGCUACCUCCUCGAAGACAAGGAGGAUAAUUGUCGUCGAUGUGUUGUGAUACACGAAAAACACUACAACGUUUUGCAGUACAAAGAAACUUACUGCUUUCCACGAGACUCUAAAGACUCGUUGGACGUUUUAUGUGAGAAGAUAACCGGAGAUGCGCCGUUAUACUCGAUGUUUCGAUUGGAUGCGAAGGCGAUAACGUGUCCUUUCAAAGGCGGACCUCCUUUUACAUUCACCUAUAAUCGAGGAUCCGGCGAUUGCAAGACACCGGUUUCGAAGUCGGACUCGUGCACCGAUGAUUCCAGAAUGCUGCUUAGGUAUCAAGCUUGUCCGGAUGUGCACAAUAGCGAAAGUACUGUUGAAGAAUUAACGUGCUUGGCUUCGUGGAGAGACGGCUCGAUGAAAUACAUGGUCGGUAAACUGGAGCACAAGAUGACCUCAACCGAUGAAGAUAGGUAUCGGUGUUUUGUCUACAACCAAGGAGACAACAACGUGUACGACGUCGCUCAAUCCGGAGAUGCCACUUGUAACGGAUUGCAAUCAGCUACCGAAGGAUCCAGAACCAUGAAACUGACUAAAGGCGAUCUUUCGCACCACGAACGAGCAAGUUGUAAAUUUCCGCCAUGGCUGACGGAGCAUCAUACUUGGCAUUUGCUAGACCAUUCGAAGACCUAUCACUUUUCUUCGCACAACGGCACCAUACGAGUUACGUCCGUCAGAGACGGGGUAAACGUUUUAGAAAUGCGAGCGGUGUGUAAUUCGAUUCUAGCAUCGUCCGACGGACAAAUUAUUAUAUCCGCGCAUAUCACAGUAGGAUGCGAGAGCGGAUACCGUUGUAUGGCAUUCUACAGACGAGAUGGACACGUCAUCGAAAUCCAGCAGUCGACACGAGAAGUACAAAAUUCAGAAGACGCUUGCGCCAGUCAGAAUUUCAAUUCGCAGACGUUACCAUAUAUUACACUUAUAACGCCUUAUUUGCGAAGACGAAGAUGCCCGUUUUUGGGACGAUACACGGUCAGUAAUAAUGAUCUGUGGAGACUCGCAGCCAGCACGAAGCAAAUGCGAGAGAAUAUGCCCGAAGAGAAGGUGAAUUGUGAGAAAGGCAAGCAAAUGUUGUCAUUGGGCUGUACCAAACCAGAAACCAUGGAAUUUCAAUCCGAAUGUAAUUCGGAUGUUACCGCAGGUUAUUCGUGCCACGGAGACUGGAUCGACAGCAACGGCACCAGCUAUUUAAUAGCGAUACCGUUGAGCGAAGUAUCCGCACCAACGGAUAAAUACUGUUUUGUAAUAUACAAUUUACCAGAAACGUCAACCUUCGAUGGAUCCCGCCGAGGGCGUCGUUUGCAGCUGUAUUCGUUAACCAAAUCAUGCAGAAGGGAUCUGCAUCAAGAUAGUAGUGAUCAACAAUUGAUGUUCAAUAUUACACAUCAUGCUGACUGUGAUGGAUUAGUAAACGGAGGUAGUUCGCCGUUAAGUAGAAACCAUAUCUCAUUUUUAAUGAGCAUACUAGUACCUAUGCUGGUAAUUACGCUGGCUACUGCUGCUCUAAAUAAACCCGAACAUAUUAGCAGAUGAUGCCAACGCGACGCACUAGCCCUUCGUAUUAAUUAAAAUGGCCAAAGCGCGCGCCCUCUGCGUUUAUUUUAUUUCAUUUUUUUUUCUAAUUUUAACUCUUUUUUUUUUACUAUUCAAUGAUUUUUAUUACAUUCGAUACUACAUACUACAUAUUAUUGAUGGAAAAAGUUGUGUAAUAUUUUUAUGUGUUUUUAAUUUUAAUUUGAUGAUUUCGAUUUCGAAUAUUUUUUUUUUUCGUCGAUUUAUAUUCAUUAUAAUACUUACUUUAUUAUUUAUAUGAUGAUAAAUACCUGUUGCUUUGACCAACUUUGUCGAGAUGACCUGUGAUACCCUUUUUCUUUACCAAAAAUCAGCGUCAUCGAAAUGUAUUUUCAUUUUAAAUGUAAACGAUUGUGAUGUUUAGCUGAAUUAAUUUGAUUUUAUCGGUUUGUUACGUCGUGUAAUUAUUUUAUUGUAUAUAAGUUACGUGUACUUUGGAUUAUUAUUUAUCUUGCCUAUACUACACAUAAGGGUAGUAAUUAUGAUGAAUUUUGUAAUGUGUGUUUGUGCGAUGCCGCCCCGACCCUCUUUACUACACUUUUGGCGGAUUGUUUUUUUAUUUUUCUUUAUGUGACUCAUCAUUUUACCACGCCUAGUCUUAAUUUUUUUUUUCAAUGUGGUGCUUUUUAACUUUUUGUUUGUAUGUUUCGUCGUCGUUAUUUUCUUAUGUUUCGUUUUUCGUGUUUGAGGCCUUGCCCAGUAAAAUGUUGCAUUCCAGGUUUGAAAAAAAAAUGGCUAAAUUAGGUUCCUAAAAGUCACCAGAGUGCGCAAUAGUCAGGAUAGGUGAGGUAAAGUGCCAGUAAAAUGAUGCAAAGGUUGGAAUAACUUUUUUUUAUGCUUUUUGAAAUUUUUCAGUGGCUUUGGAAUUUCUUAGAACGUGUGGGAAUUUUUCAUACAUUUUUUUAAAGUCGAGGGGCUUCAGAAAUUUGUUUUUGCUAAGAUGUUUUGGCUUAGGGAGGAGGGGGGGAUAAAUUAAUUUUUUUUGUAAAUUUUAUCAUUAUUUUGGAAUCCACUGCAGAGUUUUACUGGCGUUUUACCACAUUUUCAAAUAAAUAGACAGGCAUACUUACGUGUUAAAAAGAAGAGUAAAUUGAUUCAUAUCUCCAAUGAUUUCCUUCCUUUGUCGUCGACAUACGACGAAAUUACUCCUUAUUGUCGCGAUUUUCUCACUUUCAUCCCUCCUCCUCCUUACCCCAUUCAAUAGAAAAAGCAUUUAUCUGUUAUAAUAGAGUAGUUUGUAGCUUACACAGACACAAUACACACGCAAUUGGCGACAUUAUACAGAUGAAAGGUCUCUUGAAUCGUUAUGUUUUUUCUUCUCAUCCUUAGAUUUAGUAAUGUUUUUUCUUUUUCUUUGUAAUGUUAUUAAUGCGAUGAACGAGAUGCAGGGGAGCACGCAAAUAUUCCUGUGAUUUCUUAUUGUAUUGUGUAAGUUGUAUAGGGUGUUAUUGUUAAAAUUUAGAAGAUAAAUAUUGAGGUCGUUGGACCAAAAAAGAAGAAGAAGAAAUUUAAAAGAUUUGAUUUUCAAAUAAUUUACGUGUAUUGUGGACCCCUGAAUAUGUGUAGUGUAUAUGUAUUUUUUGAAUGUGACCUAGUCGAAAAAUUGUUUUUUCCUCCUACUUUAAGAAAUUCUUUUCACUUGUUUUUGUUUUUGAAAGACUGAUGCGAGUUAUUAUGAAUUUCAUUGCAUUGUUUCGAUCGUCCCAUCGUUCUUUUUUGGUUUUAAUGAAAGUUACAUUUGUUUUUUUUUGUUUUGAUGAAAAAUUUUCAAUUUUUUUGACUUUUAUGAUUGUUUUUUUUUUUUUGGUUUUGAUGAAAAAUUUUAAUUUUUUUGACUUUUAAAAUUUUUUUUUGGUUUUGAUGAAGAUUUUGACUUUUUUUGACUUUUAUCAUUUUUUCUUUGUUUUGAUGAACAUUUAAAAAAAUUUUGGCUUUUAUGAUUGUUUUUUUUUUAGUUUGAUGAAAAUUUUAAAUUUUUCUGACUUUUAUGAAAUUUUAAGAUUUUACUUACCUACCAAUUUCUCAUUUCUAAAAAAAAUCUGAAUUUUUUGGUUUUUCUUGUAUUUUAAUGAAUUAUGUACUAUGGAAAGAAUUUUUUUCUACGCUUAUUUGUAAUAUGAUUAUACGAAUUUUAAUGGAAUAGCUUAGACAUAUUUUCGAUGUUUUUAGAUUUGUUUUUUUUUGUUUUUGUUUCAAUGUGUUUUUUUUUUUUUUUUUUUUGGUUUUAUUAAGAUGAUGUACGUAGUUUUGUGUAAAUUCUGUUUAUAUGUAUCUCUUUUUUCUUUUUUUUUCUAAUUUUUCUGUAUAUUUUGAUGGUUGUAAGAUAAAUGUAUGCUUUAAAAUGAUAAAGAAAAUUAUUUUCAUGAAA